AUGGCUCUGCCGGGUGCAAAUAAGGAUAACAUCAGAGCAGGAUGCAAGAAGUGCGGUUACCCUGGUCAUCUGACAUUUGAAUGUCGAAACUUCCUCCGCGUAGAUCCCCAAAGAGAUAUUGUUUUAGAUGUCAGCAGCACUAGCAGUGAAGACAGUGAGGAGGAAGAACUACAGAGAUUGCAAGCCAUGCGUGAGAAAAAGAAUUUAAAUGAGGAGGAAGAAAAAAAGAAACAAAAAAGAAAAAGCAAAGAAAAAACAAAAUUAAAGAGACCAAGGAAAAGAGCUUCCUCAUCAAGUGCAGCUGAAGAGGAUGGGCCAAAGUCAAAAAAACAAAAAUCAAGCAAAAAAGAAAGAGAAAAGCAAAAAAAGAACAAAACUAAGAAAGGAAAACAUCAUAAAAAGGAGAAGAAAAGACGAAAGGAAAAAAGUUCAUCUUCUGAUAGUUCAGACAGUUCCAGUAGUGACUGA